AUGCAACACGCCAGCUACAAGGCCCUCCAUCUCCUUCAGCUCGUAUUACUGGCCACCGUGCUGCCGGCGGCUGCCGUUUCCUCCAGGAGCAACGGCACAGACACUGACCUCGACGCCCUGCUCGCGUUCAGGGCACAGCUCUCGGAUCCUCUAGGCGUUCUUCGUGGCAACUGGACCCCCGGCACGUCCUUCUGCCACUGGCUGGGCGUCUCGUGCAGCCAGCGCCGAGAGCGCGUCACCGCCCUGGCGCUGCCAAACACUCCCCUGCAUGGGAGCAUCUCUCCCCACAUCGGUAACCUCUCUUUCCUCUCCGUCCUAAAUCUCACCAACGCCAACCUCACGGGAUCCAUUCCAGCUGAGCUUGGACGGCUGCAACGUCUCAGGGUUCUUGCCCUUCCCUGGAACAGCCUGUCAGGUUACAUCCCUGCCACCGUCGGGAACCUCACGAGGCUCGAGAGCCUUGUUCUUCUGGAGAACAGUCUGUCAGGGCUGAUCCCACAUGAGCUGAAAGACCUGCAAAAUCUUAGGCGCUUAGACCUCCAGAAUAAUCACCUGAGUGGCAAAAUACCAGAAGUAUUCAACAACACGCCUUACCUGAGCUAUCUGAACCUUGGCAACAACAGCCUAUGGGGACCCAUACCUGUUGGUAUUGGAUCCUUGUCCAUGCUUCAAAUCCUUGUCUUGCAAGAUAAUCACCUCACCGGCACGGUGCCUCCUGACACCUUCAAUAAGUCCGCCCUGCAAGUUCUGAGCCUCGUGAGUAACAACAAUCUGACCGGAACUAUCCCUGGCAAUGGAAGCUUCAGUCUUCCAAUGCUGCAGUUUUUAUCCCUCUCUUGGAACAACUUUGUGGGUAGGAUUCCUGUGGGGCUCAGCGCGUGUCAGUUCCUGCAAAUAAUCUCUUUGUCAGAAAAUGCUUUUACAGAUGUUGUGCCAACAUGGAUGGACAAAUUAUCGAAUCUCAGGUCCCUUGCCUUAGGUGGAAAUAACAUUUUUGGGUCGAUCCCAAUUCAGUUAAUCAAUAUCACUGGGCUUCAGGAACUUGAUCUCUCAAACAACAAGUUGGAAGGGCAAAUCCUACCAGAAUUUGGGAAGAUGAAACAACUUCAGUAUCUGGAACUUUCAGAUAAUGAAUUGACAGGUCUGGUUCCUGCUUCCAUUGGUAAUCUGUCUGACCUGUCUUUCCUAAUGUUGGAUACAAAUAUGUUGAAUGGAUCGAUCCCACUCGCAUUUGGGAAUCUUGGCUCUUUACAACGCCUUAGUUUUGGAUGGAACCACUUCGAGGGCGGCCUUGAAUUUUUGGGUGCUCUUUCGAAUUGCAGACAGCUCAGUUACCUCAACAUGGAGUCCAAUUCUUACUCUGGGAGUCUCCCAGAUUAUAUUGGAAACCUCUCCAAGCUACUAGUGACUUUCGUAGCAGGUGAGAACAACUUAAUUGGUGGACUUCCUGCAAGUGUAUCAAAUUUAACUAGCCUGCAAACCAUAUAUCUCACAGGCAACAAACUGAACAAGCCGAUCCCAGAAGCGGUUGUGAAACUGGCGAACCUCCAGGUACUUGCUCUCGCCAAUAAUAUCAUGUCUGGUCCCAUCCCAACCCAAAUUGGUAUGCUUAGAAGCCUUCAACAAUUGAGUCUUGACAACAACAACUUCUCUGGCUCCAUACCUGAUGGCCUUGGUAAUCUUAGUAUGCUAGAAUAUAUUUCUCUCCCCUAUAACAAGUUGUCUUCAUCCAUACCACCGACUUUAUUUCAUAUUGACAACCUUAUCGGACUCAAUUUGUCAAACAACCUCUUGAUUGGUACACUCACACCUGAUAUAGGAAGCAUGAAUGCAAUUAACACAAUAGACCUCUCUGCCAACCAGCUAAUUGGUGAUCUUCCAGAAUCAUUCGGACAACUGCAGAUGCUGACCUACCUCAAUUUAUCACAUAACUUGUUUCAAGAUUCAAUCCCAAAUUCUUUUGGCAAGUUAACGAGCUUGGAAAUACUGGAUCUUUCCUACAAUAACCUCUCUGGAAACAUCCCAAUGUACCUGGCCAAUCUUACAUACCUCACCAAUUUGAACCUCUCCUUCAAUAAGCUACAAGGACGUAUACCAGAAGGAGGUAUUUUCUCAAACAUCAGUUUACAGUCCUUGCUAGGGAAUGAUGCACUUUGCGGUGCUCCACGUCUAGGGUUUUCGCCAUGUAUGGUCAGAUCUCACUCGAGAAAUGGAAAGAUACUAAAAUUUGUACUCCCUGCUGCUCUUGCAGCAUUUGGAGCAAUAGUUAUUUGCUUAUAUGUAACAAUCAGAAGAAAAAAUAAAAACCCAGGAGCGUUGACAGGUUCCAAUAAUAUUACUGAUGCAGUCAGAUACAGAUUAAUAUCUUAUCAUGAGAUUGUUCAUGCCACUAACAAUUUCAGUGAGGAAAAUUUGUUGGGAGUAGGAUGCUUUGGCAAAGUUUUCAAGGGACAGCUAAACAAUGGCUUGGUGGUUGCCAUCAAAGUUCUAAACGUACAAUUGGAAGAAGCUACAAAGAGCUUUGAUGCUGAGUGCCGAGUGCUGCGCAUGGUUCGGCAUCGCAACUUGAUAAGGAUAAUCAGCACUUGUUCUAACCUAGACUUUAAAGCAUUGUUACUUCAGUACAUGCCUAAUGGUAGCUUGGAUGCACAUCUGCACAAUGAAGACAAGGCACCCUUAAGAUUCCUCAAGAGAUUGGACAUCAUGAUAGAGGUGUCGAUGGCAGUAGAAUAUCUGCAUCAUCAAUAUCAUGAUGUAAUCUUGCACUGUGACUUGAAGCCUAGCAAUGUGUUAUUUGAUGAUGAUAUGAUGGCACACGUGGCAGAUUUUGGCAUAGCAAAACUCUUGUUAGGUGAUAAUAACUCAGUGAUUUCUGCAAGCAUGCCUGGAACAAUUGGAUAUAUGGCACCAGAGUAUGGCUCCAUGGGAAAAGCAUCCAGAAAAAGCGAUGUGUUUAGUUUUGGAAUCAUGCUGCUUGAGGUAUUCACCGGGAAGAAGCCCACAGAUACCAUGUUUGUCGGGGAUCUGAGCCUUAGGCAGUGGGUUCGUCAAGCAUUUCCAUCAACGAUUAGCAGUAUUAUUGAUGGUAAUUUACAACAACAAGAUGAAACAAUAUAUGGUUUUCACCACACCAGCAACCCUUCGGACAUUUCUCCAAGCAUCUCACACAGCACUCUCAGAUCAAUAUUUGAGUUGGGUUUGGUAUGCACAAGUGACAUGCCUGACGAAAGGAUAACUAUGACUGAUGUCGUUGCCAAGUUGAAGAAAAUCAAGGACGAUUUUAUGCAUGAGAGCAGUUUAGCAUGA